UAAAAUGGAUUGUUCCCAAAGUACUGACUACAUGCAUUUUACGGAUAAUUAUAUUGCUCAAACCUUUGUCAAUAAUGACAUUGUGCUUUUCUCUGGUGAAAUCUACAAGAUCAACAGAUAUUGGACCCAGCAGAAAUAGAAUACUUUGCAUCACUUCUAAAUAUGUUAUCAACUUGAAAAGAGAUCGCAGUAAGUUAGACGAGAAUGGUAAACCAGAUCUGGCGGGUUUAUCCAUGAAAAGAAUCAUCAACGUUAAUAGCCUUAGAGCUGUUACUAAAUCAUUAAAUCCUCGCUCUGCUGAGUUCAUCAUUCAUGUCCCGAGUGAGUACGACUACAGAUAUUCUGCUAAAAAUGAUACUAUAAGGGAUGAAAUUAUCAAAGCUUUAAAAUUAGCUUAUCUGACUGAAACUAAAUCUGAUCUUGUAAUAUAUGGAGUUCCAGAUCGUUCUCUUGGAAAGUACACCAAAACUAGCAAAGGCUUUAGGUCAAAUAAUAAAAUCCCAGACGAUAGCUUCCUCUUGCAGGAGGAGAGGCUGGCUAUGGCUUUUGAGAGGAACAACUCAGUAAUCCCUACUUCCGUCAAAACACGCUUGAGUAUUGACUCAGAUGAGUUAGAGAUGCUUCCUUAUGAAGAGAAAGAGGAUUCCAAAAAGAAGAACUCUGUUUAUAAAAAGUCAAACUCAGAUAUGGGAAAUAUUGACACAGACGAAGAGACUCACAUUAAACAUUUUAAAAGGGACGAUGAUUCAGAUGAUUCUCAAGACGAUGAGGAGCAAAAGAUCCUAGAUGAAAUCUCUGAUGAAGAAAAUGAUAUCAGUUUUAACCUAGAUGAUGAAGAUUUCGAUUUCUUCGGUGAAAGAUCUGAAACUAUCUACUCUAAAAAGGAGCAAUAUGGCAACAUCAGUGCUAAAGAUUUUGUACUAAAGAAGUUGUUAAGAAGCACUGAGCAGGGCAAGGUCUAUCUAGCAGAGCAUACAGAAAACAAGAAGCUAUAUGCCCUUAAGAGUAUCAAGAGGGAUAUAUUUGUCAAAAGAUUUAAGACAGUAGAUAUUCUGAAAGAACUCAGUGACCAACUUGACCAUCCCUUUAUCUGAACUAUAGAUUUUGCAAUACAAAAUGAAUUCAGAGUCUAUUUAAUCAGCGAUCUUCUGAAAGGAGGAGAAUUAGCCACAAUCAUUAAGAACAAAACUCUUGAGGAAGAAUGGGUGAGGUUUUAUGCAGCACAACUAGCUCUUGCUUUAGGCUACAUGCAUGAGCACGAUGUUGUUUACAGAAAUCUUAAAACAUCAAAUAUUAUGAUCAGUAGUGAUGGGUAUAUCAAAAUUGGGGAUUUUGACUCUUCUAAAAAGAUGAACAAAAAUGAGAUUAGUGGGAGUAUCUUAAAUCUCUCCGAGUACCAAGCUCCAGAAGUUAUUAAUGACCAACAAUAUGAUCAUACCAUUGACUGGUGGGCUCUUGGAAUAGUCAUGUCACAGAUGCUCUUUUCAGAAAUAAAAUUUGACAAGGAAGGUGUGACAUUUCCCGAAUCAUCCGCUUCAGAAGAAGUGAAAGAUCUCAUCUCAAAAUUAUUGGAAAGAGAUAAAAACAAAAGGCUAGGGGCAGAGAAUGACAAGGAUGAUAUUCUUUCUCAUCAGUUCUUCUCAAGUGUCGAUAUAGAUUCUUUACUGACCAAGACUGCUGAACCUCCUUACAAGCCAUUUAUAAAUCCUAAUGAUCCAUAUUUUGUAUCAAAUUUUAACUCAGAGCUUCUGAAACAACCUCCCCGAGAGAGCGUGAUUGAUAAUGACGAGAAGGAAAGGAUCUCUCGUGAGAUAGAGGAGAUUCUUAAAUAAUCUACUGGUUAUUAUAUUCCUCCCGUAUCAGAUCUGGA